CCUCACUCUCAUGUGCAAAAGUUGUAACUGUGACCGUGAAAAGAAAUUGCCGUGCCGUUUUCUUCCUGUGAAAAGUGAAACGUGGUAAAGCGUUGGAAUUGAACUAAAUUUUACUAUUAAUUUAAAGAUAUGGCAUUGCAACCAUUAGUAAGGCGUAAAAUCGUCAAAAAGAGAGUAAAGAAAUUCAUAAGGCAUCAAUCUGAUAGAUAUGAUAAAAUAAAGCCAAACUGGAGAAAACCCAGAGGUAUUGACAACAGAGUAAGACGUAGGUUCAAGGGCCAAUGCCUGAUGCCUAACAUUGGUUACGGUAGCAACAAAAAAACCAGACACAUUCUUCCGAAUGGAUUCAAGAAAGUUACAGUCAGGAAUGUCAAGGAGCUAGAGAUGCUGAUGAUGCAAAAUAGACGCUAUUGUGCUGAAAUUCAGCAUGCAGUGUCCUCAAGGAAGCGCAAACAAAUUGUUGAAAGAGCGCAACAGCUGGCCAUUCGCGUCAUCAAUGCAAACGCCCGUUUGCGUUCUGAAGAGGCUGAAUAGUGUGUUUUAUUCUGUAUCAUAAUCAUUCUAAAAGCUGUAAUAAAUGUUGAACGGCGCA